UGUAAACUACCUGCUAGGAUAUAUAUGCCUCGUCCAGAUAUCAUGUCGUUCAAUUUGGGUUUUAUAGGUGGUGGAAAUAUGUCAACAGCGCUCGGCAAAGGCAUCAUCAAUAAUGGAACCCAUUCAGCAUCUAAAAUCUGGGUGUCAGGGCCUCAUCUAAAAAACCUCAUUCACUGGAGUGAAAUGGGUGCAAAUAUAACCGACAAGAAUGGUGAAGUAUUUUGCAACUGUGAUGUAAUAUUCCUGGGUGUGAAGCCGUCUUUGCUGUCUACAGCCGUGACCGAUACUCUAAACACUUUAACUAAAAGCGUGUCAUGUAAGGAUGUGGUGUUUAUAUCAAUGUUGGCCGGCAUUACAAUUUCAAGCUUACGGGAGGUUCUACAAGACUUAUCCAAGAAUAUUGCUGUCAUACGCAUCCUUCCAAAUAUGCCCUGCACUGUCGGAGCUGGCUGCUGCAUAUAUUCAAUUGACUCCGUAGUCACUCCACAACAGUGUAGUAUGCUGGAAAAUCUUUUAGGAAAAUGCAGCCUGGUUGAGAAGAUUCCUGAAUACUUAAUGGAUUCUUUAGGAUCUCUUGUAGGGUGUGGUCCUGCAUAUAUAUAUAUAGUAAUAGAAGCUCUAGCCGAUGGAGCAGUCAAGCAGGGUGUACCACGUAGUACAGCUCAGCGUUUGGCAGCCCAGAUGGUAAUGGGGAGUGGUCAGAUGGUCCUGUCCACUGGGAAGAAUCCUGGGUUGCUGAAAGAUGAAGUUUGCUCACCUGGAGGAACAACUAUCUGUGGGAUUGCAGCUCUUGAAGAGGGAAAUUUAAGAUCCACAUUCAUUAAAGCUAUUGAAGCAUCAACUAAAAAAAGCCAGGAGUUGGGGAAAAAGUCAUAAGUCUAUUGAAGUUGUAUGUAGACGUAGUUGUAUCUGACAGAUACAAACCUGAAAUUUUGUUGCAUCAGUGUUGUGGCUGAUGGUACGAAAUGUACAUACGCCCUGCUCACAAAUCAAAGUAGAUAUUAACAGACAAUCACAUAACUUUUUAUUAAAAUUAGUACCUGUGUAUUUUAAAUACGAAAAUUAACAGUAUUCACUGGCUAACAUUGUUAGAAAGAUAUGGGUUACAUUGAUAUUAUUCAUAUUGACUAUGUUGCAAUGAAAAGGCAAUUUAAUCAUUGUAAAUUUAUAUUUUCGUUUUUGAAAUCAUGAAGUCGUAAGUAUUAGUUUUUUUUUAUUGUAAGAGCAGUUCCUACCAUAAUAGUUUUAGUUGAAAACUAAUUACUUAUAAAGCACAGUUGUCAUUUUGUUGACUAUAAAAUAUUUAUAAGUUCAUGGAAAUUUUAAUUUUACUAAUUUUUCUUGUGUUGCUAUACCAAAUCAUGACAGGAUGAGAUCUGGUACUGAUAUUAUUAAUUUAUUGUUUCAUGUUAUGGAGGUAUAAUGUAUAUAUAUUUAAACGCACACACUCAUAGU